AUGCGUUUUGAGAACGCGUUUUUUUCGCAGAAAUUUACGCCAUGGGAGAUACAAGCAAUAAAUAAUGUACCAUCAUUUUUAUUAAGUAACGAUGUUUGUGCCGUUAUAGAACUCGAUAUUGAUUCAAAAGAACUUGAUGAAUUAAGACAAAAAAUUUCAUUUUCUUGUCGAGACGGCACAUGUCGUGUUAAAGUUGGUAUUAAAAAUGACUUCAAAUAUUUAAAAAGAUUGUUAUUAUCGAAACUAGAAGAAAAUGGUAAAAUAAAGCCAAGACAAAAACAAACAACAACAAAAAUUUAUUCAACACCAUCAGUAUUAACAAAAGAAAAUCAUGUUGAAUUCAUACAUACUUCAAUAAAGAAAUGGGUUGAAGAUACCAAAGAAAAUGUGAAUUUGGAUAACUUAGAAUUAAAGCCAGGUGCUGAUUAUACACUAACAAUAACUGAUAAUGAUAAUGAUCUUGAAGGUUCAAUAAGAUGUAAGUGUGGUGUUAAAAUAAAAUUAAGGAAAAGAGAUGGUAAAUUUCAAAUUACCAAUUUUUACAAACAUUUAAGAUCCUUAACAUGUUCUAUGAUAAAAGAAAAAAAGAAUCAUAGUCAACAACAUCAAAUGUUGCAUAAUAUUAUCGAUAAUAAUAAUUAUGACGUCGAAAAUAAUAACAAUUAUCAAACGACAGAUUCUUUACCAGCAACACCACAACAAUCAUUAUCACAAACAUUUUGA